UCUCUCCUCCCACUGAUGAUGGCCUCUUCUAAACACAAGACAAAAACAAAUCUCACAUACUAAGGGACGUUAAAUCUGCCGUGUGCUUUACUAACGACGACUCCUCUGUUCAUCUGUCCGCUGGCGAAGAAAAGCCAGAAACGAUCCCGAGGUAAAGAUGGUCUCCCCCGUCACUGUGGUCAAAAGUGAAGGCCCGAAACUUGUGCCGUUCUUCAAAGCCACCUGCGUGUACUUCGUUCUGUGGUUGCCCACCUCGAGCCCCUCCUGGUUUAGUGCCCUUAUCAAAUGUCUGCCCAUUUUUUGUCUCUGGGUCUUUCUACUAGCUCAUGGCAUCAGCUUUUUGGGUGCCCACUCCAGUGCCAGGAAAAUCCUGGCCGGACUUAUUUUUUCAGCUUUGGGUGACGCAUUUCUCAUCUGGCAAGAGCAAGGCUACUUUUGUCACGGAUUGCUAAUGUUCGCCAUCACCCACAUUCUCUACUCUUCGGCAUUUGGGAUGAAGCCCAUCAACUUGAGAGCAGGUAUUGUCUUCUCCGUCAUCUCAGGCCUCAGCUACACACUCCUCUACCCCUACCUUUCCGGUCCUUUUACCUACCUGGUUGCCGUUUACGUUGCUCUCAUUGGAUUCAUGGGCUGGAGGGCCAUCGCCGGCGUCCAGUUCGCCAACGACCUCUGGACCUGGACAAAACUUUCGGCGUGUCUCGGAGCCGUCCUCUUCAUGGUGUCCGACCUCACCAUUGCCGUCAACAAGUUCUGCUUUCCAGUGCCCUAUUCCCGAGCCAUCAUAAUGGCCACCUACUACGCAGCACAGAUGUUGAUUGCCCUGUCAGCGGUGGAAUGCCAAGACGCUGAUGUGUCUCGGAAAAGAGCCUGAGGAACCGUAUCUUUACCAACUUCCCCCAAAGACUUGAGGUCCUUAGCCACUGUAAAUGUUCAAAAACCACUUCCAGAAACUUUAGGUCCAUAUCCAGUUCCCUUUGUCUAGUCAAGAUUUUGCAAGUUUAAGACGAUGCAAGACCAGAGUCAUGAACUAGUUCUGGUCUUCAACAGUUUGCGAGUAUGUCCAAGUUACCAUUUUCGACUCCUUUGCACCCUUGGAUAACUUGGCCACUUCCGUCCUGAGGACAAAAAAGUUUUGAGUGAUUAGUCUAUUCCUGGAAACUACUUUUAGGCUGAAGAAUGGACCAGCAAACAAUACAAGGUGGUCAGAUUACUCAUCCCAGUCCAUCCUUUCAGCAGACAUAACCAGAGAACGAAAACCAUUUCAAACUAAAGCCGACAUUUUAGUGUAAGUAGUGCUGCUGUACUGAUAAUCAAUGCACAUAGUCGCGAGCCAUAGUUGUGAGCAUUGUUGUUUAUCCUGUCAUUGACCUGAGAGUUGAUUUUUUAUAUUGUUUCGUAACAACGUUCAUGCCUACAUGCACACACAUGCUGGAGUAGGUUUCAUGCUUCAAACAGUUCGUAAUGCCUGACAUCACCUCUAGCGUACAUCGUGCCUGUAUGCUAUGCUGAGAUAUGCAACAUUUCCAAAGUAUGUAAAAGGGAUGUUUAAAGGGACGGAGGUCACUUUCUUGGGAGGCGAUUCGAUGACAACGUCUGUGAUCUUUUUUAGGUUUCUGCCAAGUCAGCAGCAUUGCUCAAUACCUAUGGUAUAAGGAAACAGAGAAUAAGUUUUAGUUGUACUGUUUGUUUUGUUUGUACAGUAUCACACAUUGUUUUUAAAGAUGGCGUGAUAUCAGAGGAUAGAUAUGUACCGAGCUUCCAACCACUAUGUGUGUUCGUUGGGAGUCUAGCGAAAGCGGGAAACCUGCUGUGGGUGAAUCAACAUCCGUGGUAAAACUUGAUCUCUGGAACUGCUGGGAUUUUAAUCAUGAGACAAAAGCCAGUACUGUUUUUUAUACUCACUUUUCAUCUCAUUCACAUUUUUCUCCACCUGAAACUUAUUUCACAUAAUUUUCUGUACGAACAUUUAAUCAGCGUGCGAAUUGUUCUAAGGUCAGCUUUUUGCAGUUUUUCUUUCGUACUGUGUUUCGCAAUUGGAUUAUACAUUUUGGUAGAUCUCAAAACUCUGGUCAAAUUUUACCCUAAAAUUAAAAGCAAUAUAUAUUUAUAUAUUUUUACAUUAUUAUUAUUACAUUGUGACAUUAUUUUAAGAAUGAUUUUUUAAUUUCUGAAGUCAUAUUAACUAAUAGCUCUGUUCUACUGGCGGGAAUAGUUUGUACCAGUACAACAAAACCUAGCAUACUAUGUUUUUGGGGGGAAAAGGUGGAUAAUUGACGUGAAAAUAAUGUCAGAAUGAAAAUAAUAGUGUUACAUUUUUUUUAAUGCAUUAAUACAAAAUUUCAGUGAAUUUAUUUUUUUGAUUUAGUGGUGCGAAGAAAACUGACAUAUUCUUGGAAGGCUUUGUGAGAUUCACGUAUUUAUUCGAACAACACAUGUACUGUAUUUAUUAUCCCUUAAAUAGAUCUGAUCGCAGUAUGUUUUUGUAAUUCUCAAUAAGGGAUCAACACCUGAUCUUUCACCGAUAGUAAAUGAAGGAAGAAAAUCAAGCACCUGGUUUGAUAUGUGCUCAGCUGCUCUAUCCUCAGGUGUGAGUGGAAAUGGGAUUUGUACACAAUCAUAGCUGAAUACUCCGGUGGGCCACUGUUAACUGUCAGAGCCUUUUUUUGAACCUACACAUGAAAACGCAUGUUGGAACUAAAAUGGCGGUUACUCAUGAAUUCUUUGGAAUGCAGACUUAAGGUUGGUCUCGUUUGAAAAAAGAAAAGUAGCUGAUCAUUGCAAAAAAAAACACACACAAAAAAAUUUGAGGUAUGUUGUUUGGUUUAUUGUAAAAUAUAAAUAAAAAAGUUAAUGUUUUUCUUUGAUUAAAAAAAUACAUCAAAAAAAUACGGGCACACAAUAUAAUCAACUACUCUCCCUACAUAAAUUAUUUAUAAAAACACCAAAACAAUCUGUAUUCUAGAGUCUUACACCUUUCCAAUGAUAUAUAGUUUGUCAUGAUUCGAUUAGAAAUUAUAUGCAUAAUAUUGAAGCAAACCAAGGUGUCCCGUAUACGGAACGGGUCACAUAUGACAGGCUACAGAGAAAGAGCGGGCACAACCUGACCGUGACGCGGAGGAAAACAACGUCCAGUCAUAGACGGACUUUGUAUUUAACAUUUGUUGGAUUAGACGCCAAUAUUAACCGAAAGCAAAUGACUGAUACUGUUGCGUAUUCCCUAACGUUCAUCUAACGAAACGCUAAAAAUCUGACUUUUCAACAACCAAAAAAACGUAAACAGAAAAUGAUAGAAAAUAUACCAAUUUUAAUGAUAACAAAAUCAUUAAGAUUUUAUAAUAAAGUAGGGAUGAAAAUUUUUUUCCCUGUUGAUGCAUUGUAAAUCUAUUCUUACAAAUUACACAAAAUAAACGUGGCAUCUACCCUGACUAUUUGUUUUAUAUCUUCUUAGCCCAAUAGAAACAGCACCAAUAUUUUAGCAUACUUACUUUGUACCAAGUGUCAUAAAUUCCUAGUUCAAUGGUCAUGCUGUCAGCAGAACAUUUCAGCUUAGUCAAAAGAGCGUUUGUUAUUUGCACAGUCAUCAAAACUGUGUCUCUGCAAUAGAACUGUGCAUCAUUCAACAAUUCAGUAAUGUGUUGUGAACGUUUCGCAUUAUGUCGUAUAUUUUUAUUUAGAGUUUUGGAAAUAAAGUAAUGAUAGUUAAUACUAGGAGAGAACUCUGGAAGUGAUGUAAGCAACCCCCGAAAUGCAUUUCAGGGUCUAUUUACAUUGUUCAAAUUUCCAUUGUAUUGAAUUUCUUUCUUCAACCUGCUGUCAACUCCCAGAUGGCUGUAAUUCAACAGUUAAACCUCCCCCAGUUUCCUGUUUUGUGUAAAUGCAAACUCCAAAGAGCACAGCAGGUGCCUGCUCCCUCCAUCACUGAAAUAGUGUUUUGAGGUCUGGAGACAGAUACUGGCAGCGGGAGGAUUUCCUGUCCAUCUGGCUUUGCUUUAGCCAGUAACAUUAUUCAAAUGACGAGAUCGCUUUACACCCUCUUUCAGCGAUCGAAAGGAUGAUGCUUUUGUAUCGAGGUCGAGGGGGGAGAAACAGAAUGCUGGGAGUUCAGUGUGUUCAGGUUUAAUGGCAAUGAUUAGGUGUUGAUGUCUGAGCGCUGAUAAUAUUGAGAAUUAACCCACUCGGUUGAAAGCAGACUUUUGAGGGAUGUAGAUGAUUGCACUUUUCCAUUUAUCUUUAUUGUUUUUCUGACACUAGGGACAGUUUCUCGGACAGGGAUUGGACAAUCCAAGCCUAAAAUAAGUGCUGUCAAAACUGAAAACAACUUGCACUGACAUACUGUAACUUAAAAAACAUGCCUUAAUGUUGUCACAAAAUGCACACAAGUUAUGUUUUUAGUAUGGCAUGUCUGUUAAAACUACUUAAAUUUCCUCAUUAAACUAAAUCCUAGACCUGGUUUAAAAUUAUCCCUGUCUGGUAAACUACCCCUUUGUGUUUGAGCUGAUUGUGGUGGACCCAGGGAUAAAGCUCUGAAUUAAGGGGACUGUUCACCCAAAAAGGAAAAUUCUUGCAUCAUUUACUGGGCACCCUCUAGUUGUUCCAAGCAUGUAUACAUUUCUUAGUUGAGAUUAACACAGAAAAAGAUAUUUGGAAGAAUGCUUGUAACCAAACAGUUCUGGGGCACUAUUGGCUAACAUAGAAAAAAUACUAUGGUGGUUAUUUUAGUCCCAGAACUGUUUGGUUACAAGCUUUCUUCCAAAUAUCUUCUUAAAUCCGGAUUGGAACAACCUGAGGGUGAUUUACUGAUUUUUCAUUUUUGGGCGAACUGUCCCUUUAAUGAUUUCUGUUCUGCUUGAUUCAAGUCUGUGUGCUUGCAUUAUAGUGUACAACUGAAAUGCACUUUGAAAGCUAGAAGGACAAAAAAAGUCAAUGUUUUAUGCAGACACAAAAGUUGUUUCAAAACCUAGUGAUUUGCUUAAGUCUACACAGACCAAACUUAUUCUCUGUCUGACAGCAUAAUGGCCCCUAAGAAGUGGCUAUUUUGGAAAAUAUUAAUUAAAUAUUGAAUACAAUAAAAAAUCAAUAAAUGUUGAGUAAAUAGUAACCUUUGGCCUUAUUGAUUAAUUUUCUACAUUAUUAUAUUAAUUUGCAAUAUAUAUUUAUUAUAAGUAAUUACAAAUGAUUGCAUUAGUAAAUAAUUAAUUAUAAAAAUCAUUGUGAAUAAUAUAAUUAUUAUACAUAAUUAUUUAUUUGUAGACUUUCUGCUGAAAUGUUCAUUAUUUUGGAUUAAUUAAUUAAGAGAUCAGUGCAGUUUUCGAAUUUAACAAGAACUAAGCAUCUUAGAUGGCACCUAUGGCAUUGGGAGUAUGUAUACAAGGCCCUAAAAUGCUGUCUUGAUAGUUAGCUCACUAGAUUUAGGACCAGAACAUAUGACCUUCAAAGUUUGAAAAAUCACACUUGCUGAUACUUUUUUUUGUCGCUGUUUUUUCCAGCUUUUGGUCUGUUUUGUGGUUGUUUUAAUGGCUGCUGCGAACAUUGUGUACAAUCAUAACCUUACCAAGCUUGAUGUAUGCUAUUCUCUAUCACCUCUGCCUUUAAGAGAAAAAAGGGAAGUUACUCUUACUAAUAAAAGAAAACAUAAUCUGAUUCCGUUCCAUUUUACAAGAAAGUUUUAUGCAACAUAUUUAUCACAGAAUCUAAUAUUGUGUAUCGCAAGUAAAUUCAUGUUGGAAAUCACACUAAAAGAAAAGUUUACACCUGUGCUAUAGAGUUCCAACUGAAUAUACUGUAUGUAAAACUUGACAAAUAUAUGUAAAACCUAAGGCGGUUGGCGAUACUUGGGUAGUUAAAGCUGUGUAGUCGUAAAUACAAUCUUAAAAUACAAAACCCUUCUCGAGGUUGUUGUGGUCUUAGUUCUGUGAAAAAUAUACCUACAUGAGGGAAACUCAUUUUUUGGAGUACCUCUUUUUCUCUAUAUUAUGCAUUUAUCUUCUUUUACUGUUGACCUUUAACAUUGUGAAGUUACUAUUAUGUUCUGAAUGAAUGCUGUUAUUUUUUGCUGAGUAGAUAUGAGGUCUAUACAUUAUUUUGCCUUGAUGUAAAAGUCCGCUCUUUCAUUUCAUUAUUGUGGUUAAAGGACCCUAGUGCUCCUUUGCUGUAGUGACACUGCUAUGAAUGUGAUUCAGUCAAGUGAGAAAUAAAUGCAACUGCAAUGCAACUCAAAACCUG